UGGGUUUAUGAAAGGAUGAUUGAUUAGCUCAGCAGUUCUUCGAUCGGGAACUUGUUCUUGUUUUGAUCUGUUCUGUGCCCCACUGCAGCUUGACUCUGUCUUUCUCUACACUCCAAGUUGUUGUUGUUGUUGUUGUACUACAAAAUACUAGUACUACUGCAAGAGAAGACUACCAUAGAAUUAAUUUUGAAACAGCAGCUUGUCGACAAACUCUAUAUCCUUCAACCUACCCACGAUGAACCACCACCACCAACACCACGGCCAGCUCAAACUGCAGGAACAACUGCUACUAGAACAACAGCACCAGCAGCAAUACUCUACUAAUACUCCAAUCUCAUCAUCCGAUGACCUCGAUGAGGAUGAAGAGGAGGAUGAAGAGGAGGAGGAUGAAGAGGAUGAGGACGACUUCCCAUCCAAGUUCCUACAGACCACCCAUCGCAAGCCAGUCAACAUCUACGAGGCUGACAUGGACCUCUCAGACCAACUGCGAAACCACAACCAGAACCAGCAGAACAACCUCAACACAACAACAAGCAACCCUCUAAUCGGCUCGACUGGUUCGAUUAACAAUAACCAUCUCCCUAACCCAAAUUACCAACUCCAACCCAGCUCACACCAUCACCAACAACCACUGGAGCCCAACUUAUCCCCGAUCGAUCACCCUGCCCCUCCGAUCGGAUACAACCAUAGCAACCUGCCCUCGACUACUCGCCCGGGUACCCACAGUCUCACUCCCCCGGGUACCAACACCCCUCAACCGGACCAGCCACCGAUCAUCCCCUUCCAGAACACCUCCACUGCCCACCCACAGUCCAGCCCCACUAACCUCCCACAGCCAACCGAAGUCAGCAAAGAUUUCCACCGUCACCUAGGCCCGAUCCCACCAUCACUCCUCGAACCACCCCACAGCAACAGCAACAAUAACAACAUCAACAACAACAAUAAUAAUAAUAAUCCGAAACAGUAUUCCAGCGACCAUCGCCCAAACUCUUAUCAGUCGUCCGAUCACCAGGCGCAGCAGCAGCAACAACAGCAACAACAGCACCAGCAGCAGCAGCAACAGCUUCAACAACACUCUGCAGCCGGCUUAUCGGCUAGUGGCGGAGAAGCCAGCUGGAGCAACGGACAUCGCCCUCACUCACGCGCCUCGGUCAACGCCCUAGCCCGUCCUAACAAAUCCCAACAACAGAUAGCCGCGCCAACGACCAACAGGAGCCGAAUGGGCCCCUCAGAAAUUAGUACGCCAACCCACCAUCAGUCCAGGCCUCGAAGGGUCUCUGAUGGCAGCAUCAAUGGUGGCGUUAGGAAGGACAUCCUCCUCCAACGUAUGGCCGAAGCCUUGCAGAGCGAACGCGCCAAGGCUAUCGUCUUCCAACGUGAACUGCAGAACGCCGAACGUGAGAUCGAUGAAUUGGCUAAUACUCUCGACGAACAACGUCGCGAACAUCACAAAACCAUUGUCAACUUGAGAAAAGAUAUCAAACUGCUCAAAAAAGAGCGCGAGAGCUUGGUAGAAGCACUGGAGGCAGCCGAAGGGGUUGAACAGGAAGAAGCGGAGCGAUACUUAGCCCUGUUAGACCCGGCGGCCCAGGCUGUAAUGGCGGAAGAGGAAGAAGCCGAGGAGCCCAAUGGGCAAGGGAAACCAAAUCGGAGUAGAAACCAAGCCCCAACACCGCAGCCGAUCCUGGACGACUAUGAUCUGUCCAACUACAAGAGUACGAUCCGCGCGCAGAUGCAGGAGCGAUCAGCCCUGCGCGCGCAGAGGAUCAACUCCGAGCUCUUAAAGAUCAACCCAGCUGCAGCUACCGAAGCUAACAAAUCCGACUCUGAGAAGGGCACACCAGACGUUCAUUCCCACAUCCCCGCCUCCCCUGCCACCCGUCACGGUAGACCCCGCGAGACGCCUAGUCGGAUCCGCCGCAAACUCAGCAAGAGUCGUCCGAAUAGUCGCGACGGGACUGGCGGACUGUUUUGGCGAAGGAGCGGAUCGCGCACACGUGAGACUAACGACGACAAGUCUUCGUCCGCCCCUGGCACGGUCAUGCAUCGACACCCCAACCAAGCAGGUAAUCGAAAGACUUCCGCUGGCCACACUGGGGCGACAACCGAGGAAGAAGGAUACUACGAUUCGGGGCCCUUACAACGAUCGAACGAGUCCUUCGGCGGUCGUAGUCAUCCAGCUGGGAACGGGAAAAUCGGCAAACUCUUCCGCAAAGUCUUUCCGACGUAUAAAGAUGACUCCCAUCUCGAUCAAACUCAUCCUCAUCAGGAUGACCCCGCGUACCACGAUCUUCCCGUCCAUGCUGUCCAUGAAAGACGACGAGUUUCUACCGGCGUGGCUGCUGGUGCCCAUCGGAGACGACAAUCUUUCCUGGACUAGAUUGAUCAUUUUACUUUUUUGUUUGCCCUCUGCUCACCAUGCUAUGAAUUGAUUUUUCUUCAAUAUCAUCGGCCUCGUUUUUUAUUUAUUUGUUUCUGUCUCUCAAUUUAUCCGUUUCUAUUUUCUGCUUGGGUAGUUUCUUUUUUCCCCGUAUAUCCAUAUCUCGUUUGCUCGCUUGUUUCUUGCUGUUCUUCUUCCUUGAUUGACUUGUCUUAAAUCUUGACUAUCUCAUACACACAUGUUUAUAUACAUUCAUACACAUACAUACACACAUACACACAUACAUAAUAUCCGCCAAUCGCGACUUCCUUACUUUGUUUUCUCUAUCCAUUGAUGGAUAGAUGAUCUAGCCCUCACUUUUUACAUAUACGCAAUACCUAGUGAGAUUUACCCCUGCUUGAUUUGUUGACAGUUAUUCUUUACAUGUUUGUAUAGUCACAGUAUAGUUUUGUUUUGUUUUGUUUCUUAACGUGUUUCUGGGUUUGGUAACUCGAUCGUUCAAUCUUAGGUUUAUCCAUCCUUUUAACUCGUAAUUCAAGGACACCUGUUUUCUCAUUUUAUCUGAGUCAUUCCUUGAUUUCGAUCUUGAUACAAAUCUG